AUGGCGGAAAUGACUCGCCUAGUUGCGCCGCAGAAUCUCCCAGGACUUGUGAAAGCAGCCUUCGACGCGGCUCGCGUCAAUGGCGACUUGACCUACUAUCCGACUCAAGUCGUCAUCUUGACACCUAAUUCCAUUCCCUUCCAACUUCGCUUUUCGCCAGCGUUGGCAUUGAAACCCAAAGCCCCGAAGCCCAAAGAGCCUUAUGGCAAGCCAUUCAAUCCCUUCGAAAACCCCUCCCCCGCUAUGCUCAUCGCCGACCUGCCAUCGUCCCAUCGACUUGUGCUGAAUAAAUUCGCAGUCGUGCCGGAACACUUCAUCCUAAUCACCAAGGAGUUCAAGCCUCAGACGCAUAUUCUAGAGAGCGCAGAUAUAGCAGCUACAUACGCCUGUAUCCAAGCCUACCGUACGCACGGACAGGAGCUAUUCGCAUUCUUCAAUUCGGGUCCUCACUCCGGCGCUAGUCAGCCGCAUCGCCAUCUACAGCUUCUCCCCGUCGAGCGGAUGAAAGACGGGCUGGAGGACGUGGAUCGGGGUAGCGAGUGGAGCGUGCUAGCAGAGAAAAUCGUUGAAUUUGAGAAAGUACUACCGUUUAAUAUCUUUACUGCAAGCAUCCGUCCGGACAUGACUGCCGAGGAGAGGCACAGUGCGUAUCUGGAGCUGUAUAGAAGUGCUGUUAAGGCCACAUUCCCAGACAGAGAGGUCGAUGGCGAAGGUGAGGCUGUAAUAAGCUAUAAUUUCGCAAUGACAAGUAAUUCCAUGGCCCUCUGUCCGAGGACGGCAGAAGGCGCAAUAAUCAAAAACAAGUCGGGUCAAGACGUUGGUGUAGUAUCGCUUAAUGGGACGGUUUUGGCUGGCACUACUCUUGUUAAAAAUCAGACCGAAUGGGAUGUUCUAAGAGAAGACCCCGAUCAGUUGCUCAAUGUCCUUAAAGGAAUUGGUUUACCCCCUUAG